UUUUGAGAGGCUAUCUGACAUCGAUCGGAGCUGAGAAGGGGGUUUUUGUUUCAAAGAGGAAUUAUUUGUGGCACUUGAAUUUCGCGCUUGCAAACCAUAGAAUUCGACGGUUCUUUUCCAGCGAAGCUCCGAAGAAGAAAAGUAAGAUAUUGAGUUAAGAGUUUCUACCUUGAGGACACAUACAAUUGUCUGGAAUGCCGAUCGUUUAGUGGGGCUGCUUUCACUUGAUAGGAAACGUUCGUGCACCAGGAUCCAUCAUGUAUGAAUUAUGUGGCUAACCUGUCCGUUUGGUAGGCUGCCUAUCACAUCAUCCAUGUGGGGCCCAUUUGUAUUUUGUGCUUGGUCAAGCAACGAAGCUCUCUUGUUCUUUCCAGUUGCUGGCAGUUGGUCCAUUUUGGAUCAGUGUGCCGGAGAAGUUCUUGGGUCAAUCAAUCUUAGCCCGAUGGCUGGUAGUCACUAAAUGGACGUUUAUCCAAGGGUCCUCAUCCAAUGAGCAAAAAAAUACACUGAUCAUGGGGACAUGUUUUUCUGCUUAGAAAGUUUUUUGAGCGGGAUGGAUUCAUGGUGGGACAGCUGAUCAGAUGAAUGAUUAUGAGAACUACUAUCCAAAGGAGAAAAAAGAAAUUCCCAAAGGGAACGAUAAUCGCAAAUCUGAGUCAAAACAGGAUUCCAAUACGGGCGAUCAGGGGAAUUUUGAAGAAAAUUUCGUGAAGCAGUUGCAAACUUAUUUGACACCUCUACUGUUUAUUGGAUUAAUGCUUUCAUCUAUCUCCUUUGGUCCUCAAGAUCAGAAGCAGAUAAGUUUCCAAGAGUUCAAAAACAAGCUUCUGGAGCCUGGUUUGGUAGAUCACAUCGUUCUUUCCAACAAAUCCGUUGCAAAGGUGUAUGUCAAGAACUCCCCACAGAUUACUAAUCAAACCAAUGAUGAUGUUUUCCAAGGACCUACGACUAAUACCCCUGCUAGAGGAAGUGCAAGCCAGUACAAGUUUUAUUUUAAUAUUGGGAGUGUUGAAUCAUUUGAAGAGAAGUUGGAGGAAGCCCAAGAAGCAUUAGGGAUAGACCCUCAUGAUUAUGUUCCGGUUACGUAUGUCUCUGCAUUGGUUUGGUAUCAAGAAUUGUUGCGAUUCGCUCCAACAGCCUUGCUUCUGGGAUCACUUAUGUACAUGGGGCGGAGAAUGCAGGGUGGAUUUGGCAUAGGGGGAAGUGGAGGAAAAGGUGGCCGGGGCAUAUUUAAUAUUGGAAAAGCUCAUGUGACAAAAUUGGACAAGAAUGCCAAAAACAAGGUGUUUUUCAAAGAUGUUGCUGGCUGUGACGAGGCAAAGCAAGAAAUCAUGGAGUUUGUGCACUUCCUCAAGAAUCCAAAAAAGUAUGAAGAAUUGGGAGCGAAAAUUCCAAAAGGUGCUCUGCUCGUAGGUCCUCCUGGUACUGGGAAGACGCUUCUUGCAAAAGCAACCGCUGGCGAAUCUUGUGUGCCAUUUUUAUCAAUUUCUGGUUCAGAUUUUAUGGAAAUGUUUGUUGGGGUCGGACCAUCAAGAGUAAGGAGCCUGUUCUCAGAAGCCAGACAAUGUGCACCCAGUAUAAUCUUUAUUGAUGAAAUUGAUGCGAUUGGUCGAGCAAGGGGCCGCGGAGGGUUCUCAGGUGCCAAUGAUGAGCGUGAAAGUACUCUUAAUCAGUUGCUUGUAGAAAUGGAUGGAUUUGGGACGACUUCUGGAGUUGUCGUACUUGCUGGCACCAAUAGACCAGACAUCUUAGACAAGGCCCUGUUAAGGCCUGGCCGAUUUGAUCGUCAAAUCACCCUUGACAAACCCGACAUCAAAGGCCGUGAUCAGAUAUUUCAGAUCUAUCUGAAAAAGAUUAAACUUGAUCGUGAACCAUCAUUUUACUCUCAGAGGCUGGCAGCCCUCACUCCUGGAUUUGCUGGAGCUGACAUUUCCAAUGUUUGUAAUGAGGCUGCUCUAAUUGCGGCAAGGAAUGAGGAAACACAAGUCAAGAUGAAACAUUUUGAGGCAGCCAUCGAUAGGAUCGUUGGUGGUUUGGAGAAGAAAAACAGGGUAAUCAGCAAGCUGGAGCGCCAAACUGUCGCUUACCAUGAAUCUGGCCAUGCUGUUGCUGGAUGGUUUUUGGAGCAUGCAGAGCCCUUGCUUAAAGUCACAAUUGUUCCUCGUGGAACUGCAGCAUUAGGGUUUGCUCAGUAUGUUCCCAAUGAAAAUCUUCUCAUGACCAAAGAGCAGCUCUUUGAUAUGACAUGCAUGACUCUAGGUGGACGAGCAGCCGAACAGGUUUUGUUGGGAAAGAUCUCGACCGGAGCCCAAAAUGACUUGGAGAAAGUGACCAAGAUGACCUACGCACAGGUUGCAGUUUAUGGAUUCAGCGACAAGGUUGGGCUCCUCUCCUUCCCACAAAGGGAAGAUGGCUUCGAGAUGACCAAACCCUACAGCAGCAAGACGGGGGCAAUCAUCGACCAUGAGGUGAGGGAGUGGGUGACCAAGGCGUACGAUCGAACAGUGGAGCUGAUUGAGGAGCACAAGGAGCAUGUAGCCAAGAUUGCGGAGCUGCUGCUUGAGAAGGAGGUCCUACACCAAGAUGACUUGGUACGGGUCCUCGGGGCACGCCCAUUCAAGUCAAGUGAGCCCACAAAUUAUGACAGGUUCAAGCAAGGCUUCCAAGAGGAAGACAAGAAGAGCAAACAGUUGUCGGUGGAUGAAACUUCCCCGUCAAUCGACAGGGAUGGGGAGGUGGUGGUCCCCACGUAGUCAGCAAGGUUGUUUUUUUUUUUUUUCAAACAUGAAAUGUUACUUUCUUUCUUUAUUUUCCAGGUAAAGCUAAUUGUACAAAUCAACAUAUCCAUACCUAUAUAUUGUAUUGAUUUUUUUCUGAAACGUCA